AGUCUUUAAAAUCCCAUGCAACAAGAAGUACAGCUGCUUGCUUGUUUCAUGUAUUCUGGAAGAACUGAGCUAAUUUUAUCUACUGUGCAAAAACCAGAGGAUACAUCUCUUUUCAAAGGCUUACUGCACCAUGCAUUAAGUACUACUCUUCCUCCACCACAGCAAGGAAUCCACUUUAGGUCCGGACAUUUAAUGGGGAAAAAGAGCACUGAAGAUUUGCCUUAUGUUUAUGAAGAAGGAAACAAGAAUUCAUUUUCAGCAUUACCUGAAAAUAUCAAGCAGCUAGAAGAUUACCUUCAAUGGGAAGAAACAUUUAAGUACUUGCUAAGGCUGUUAGAAGGGAAUGAAAACAGAAACGCUCAGAUCCUAAGAGAAGAGCUUCCAUGGUACACCAAGAACACCUGGGAGACAGAUGACAACAGCAGCCCAAAAAAUAUGAUGGAGUAUCUGCUUCACGUUAAGAAUAUGAAGGAAAACACUCCAAGCUGAAGUGAAGAUCUCCCAAUCUUAAAGGAACAGAAUAAUUUCCUUAAGAGACUAUGUUUCACAAGCACUUGAUUGUAUCAGAUAAACAACAAGGUUUCCUUUGUGUAAACAAGAUUUCUUUUGUGUAAAAUACCCAAACACUUGUAUUGUAUGGUCCAACACUAAUCUUGCUUUUUUAUUUUUUCCCUCCAAAGCUGCAUUUUCUUGUUUAAAAGGCUUUGCUGUCCAGGAAGGGUCUUCCAAUUAUAUAACUUCUCUGUCUAUUCAGGUCAUCUUUUAGGUCAAAACUACAUAACAUUUCAACAUUCCCAAUAAAUAAGAAUAAAAUAGCCAAGUUUAUGCUUUUAAUUAAAAUUACACACUGGA